AUCGCUACCCAGUUGGCAGGUCCGUCUUUGUUGCACAUUCAAGAUGGCCUCCUCUACGGUGGCGACCGCCACGAUACGAGCUGUAAAGGGAAGGAAAAUUCUUUCGACUCGCGCCGCGCUCACUCUGACACCGAACGCUGUCAAGAAGAUAAAGGAAAUUUUGAAAGAUAAAUGCGAAUAUAUCGGUCUCAAGGUUGGAGUACGUCAGCGGGGAUGUAACGGUUUGAGCUACACCCUCGACUAUGCCAAAGAGAAAUCCAAGCUUGACGAGGAGGUGGCUCAGGAUGGCGUUCGCAUAUUCAUCGAUCGAAAGGCACAGCUGUCUCUUCUUGGAACAGAAAUGGAUUACACCGAGAACAAAUUGAGCUCCGAGUUUAUAUUCAAUAAUCCAAAUAUUAAAGGGACAUGUGGAUGUGGAGAAAGUUUUUCAGUCUAGUGAAAAUUUUAUGUAACACAUAUUGUCGUACUUGUACGUGAUAUGUAAUUACAUGUAAUUAGUUAGUUAAAUUUAGGACCUUUAAUAUAUCUUGUGAUAUACGAUAGCAUAUCUCUGUCUCUUCUCACAGUCGGAGAAUUGAAUCUGUAAAACUGGUGUAACGAUCAUCAUGAUUUAUCAUUUUCCGUAAGUUUUGUAUAUACCUUGCCAUCUACUGUUAUACAUAUAUAUAUCUCGUUAUGUUUUUGUUUUAUGAUACGUGUUCACCGUAGGAUAAUUAAAGCUAUAUUAUGAGGGAGAGUAAAAAUGUAUUUUCUAUUCAUA